UCUUCUGGACUCCUCUGCACCAGAGAUGAGCCUGGAGGGAGCAGAGCAGAAGAGAGCCUGAGUUUCACCUGGUGAAAAAGGACAGCCCGAGACACCGAGCCGGACCCAGCGCUUGGAUCCCGGGAUGGCUGUGGAGGAUCUCCGGGCUCCGAGCACCCCUUUCUCGCUCUCCUUCUCGGGCAGUGGUUUCCUGGCCCUGUACCAGGUUGGGGUGGUGCAGUCCCUCCUGGAACUGGCUCCCGAGCUCCUCAAAUCUGCCUGCAAGGUCUAUGGAUCCUCAGCGGGGUCCCUGAUCGCCGCCGCCGUCGUGUGCGGGAUCGGCCUGGAUGACCUGAAGGAAUUUUUCUUUGCCCUGGCAGCAGAAGUCAGGAAAACCAUCCUGGGCCCCCUCUCUCCCAAGUGCAGCUUGCUGGCCAAUAUCAAGGCUGUUCUGCAGCGAAUGCUCCCAGAGGAUUCCUACCAGCUGGCUUCAGGGAGGCUGCACAUCUCACUCACACGGGUGGCAGAUGGCCAGAAUGUCAUGGCCUCGGAGUUCAGCUCCAAAGAGGAGCUCAUUCAGGCUCUCCUCUGCAGCUGCUUCCUUCCUAUUUACUGUGGAUUCAUCCCUCCAUCCUACCGAGGAGUGAUCUUCAACGGCAGCGUCCAGAUCUCCAUAGAGAACCUCUGCAGGAUCAGCUACGCUCUCUUCCCACCCAGCACCAUGGUCUUGAACGACAUUUUCUCCCAGGGGUACCAGGACACUGCCCUUUUCCUGUACAGGAACAAUGCCUUUGGGUUCAACUACUUCGAUGGAAAUUUCCGCUUCGGCAGCACCUGUGGGAAGAACAACUCCACCCAAUCCAAGGGGACACACCCCGGCUUGUACGGGAGGGUCCCUGAGAGCCUGACUCCUUACUUCCUGCCAGGCUUGUGGAAGAAGGAGCAGAUGAAUGGACUGCAGGAUCCCCUGGCCAGGAUCCUGUUGCAGCCAUACAGGCUUCCAGCUUUAUUCAGGAAGGGGGUGAAGAAGGUGUGGGGGCUGCUGGAAGGUGUCACCUCCCUGGUAACUGUCCUGGACAGGCCCUGGGGGUCUCUGAUGCCGCUGGUUCCGCUGCCUCGGGAAGGGAAGGCUGUGGACAAGAAUGGAGAAACCUGA